CCGGAAGUAAGUAUAUCUCCAUAUUGGUUUUUGUUGACAUUGGUGAGGAAGAGUCUCGCCUCCAAAACUCGUUGAUUUGACCAGUAAGGAACCACGAUGCCAGCUAAAGCAGAAGAUAUCAUGAAAGGGUUUAAACUAAACUGGAUGAAUCUGAGAGAUGCAGACAGUGGUAAAAUAUUGUGGCAGUCAAGCGAGGACCUUUCAGCACCUGGUCUUGAUCAUGAAGCAAGGGUUCCAAAGAAAAUUUUAAAAUGUCGUGCAGUAUCAAGAGAAAUAAAUUUUUCAUCAAAAGAGGCUAUGGACAAAUUUAGAUUAGAACAAAGAGUUUUAUUUAAAGGGAAAUGCUUAGAAGAGUGGUUCUUUGAAUUUGGUUUUGUGAUUCCUAGUUCUACGAACACCUGGCAGUCAGUGAUAGAAGCAGCCCCUGAAAGUCAAAUGAUGCCAGCAAAUGUUCUUACGGGGAAUGUUAUCAUAGAAACACUUUUUUAUGAUGGGGAUCUUCUAGUCAGCAAGUCCAAAGUGAAGAUAUUUUAUGUUUAAAGAAGAUGGUUGCUGGUACAUUGAAUGAAGUCAUUAUUCCAUUUUGCUGAUGUGAAAGAUACAUGUACAUGGAUAUUGAACUUUUCUGAUUUUUGUGGAUUGGUCAGGAGUAUAUUCCACAGUUUGAAUCAUCUGUUGCAUGCUACUCAACUAUUUCUGUCACAUCUGCAGAACUGAAUGUAAUUUUCCCUUUUAAUUUAUUGAUAUAAUCAAUAUACCUGAGUAUGAAGAGCAGCGGCCCUUUUAAUACUUUUGUUGAGUCUAAUACAAGUAGAGAAUGUUUCUACUUUUUGCACUGUUGACAACGAUGAAAUGAUAGCAAGUUAGCAACAUAUUAUAACAUUGCAGUGGCUUCAUAUAAAUGAAAUUGCACUGAAAAAAAGCUUACAUCUAGAAAUAUGUAGCUAUCUGUUUUCUGUAGAUUAUAGAAAUCAUUGCAAGAGCUACUACAUGUAUUUGUUCAUUUAUUUGUUGUUAAUUUGAAGAUCUAAUGUACAUUCUCCUUAAUGAAUGAAAAUUUUACAUGCUGACUAAUGAUUGAGUGUAAAAAUGUGUGUUUCAAUGAGAUUAUUAUUAUAUUUGCACUUGUCUUUUGAUCUUGUGUGUUCAGUUGUAGCUUAAAACCAACUGUACAUCUUUGAAGGUGAUGUUUGAAAUUUUCAGACUGAAUUCUGAAAGUUCAACUAGCAAAUAGUCAAUUUUGUAUUUUUCUAGACGUUGCAUGCUGUUUGUGUUUUGUAUGGGAGAUUCCUACAUUCCUCAUUCAUUACCUUAAAGUGUUGUGUUUUCCCCAAAUAUUUUAUGAAUGUAUUGUCAUUAUAUGAUUGAUGCUGCUUUAUGAAAAAAAUUCCUGUUGAAAUUCUUCCCCUUCAUUGUUAUUUUCAGUAUAUCAACAUAUGACAAUGUAAUUUUCCCCACAAGAUAUGUAUUCUGUAGAAAUUGAGGUAUUUUUGAUCUGUCAAACAUUUCUCCACUAAUUAAUAUGUGCAAUCAGUUUGAAAAUAUAUACAUGUACAUGCAUGAACACAUGAAUACAUUCUCAGGUCAUAUUACAUGUAUUCAUUUUUAAGUUGUAUCAAUACAUGUUCAACUGAAAUACAUAAAACAAAAGAAAAAAGAAAAGAAAGGAUAAACUAUACCUGUCUCAAAUACUUGUAUUUUUUUUUAUUAGACCUUUGCCUUUAAAGAUGUUUUUUUUUAACAUAAAGUAUUUACAUUUUACAUAUUAAAUUCUUCUGUACAAAAGAAAAAGGAGGGUGGAGAAAUAUUAAUCUAUAUGACAAAAUAAAAAAAAAUUGUAAGUAAAAAAUGUUCUUGGUAACUCAUUUUAUAGUGUCUGUAAUUUCUAGAUUUUUUUAUGCUAUAAAUUGCACCCUGAAUUAUGCUUUAAUGAUUAGCAGUUAAUAUUAUUGUAGUUUGCAAAAUAGGAUUUCAUUAUACACUAAUUAGUAUGUCCAGCAUUGAAAUUUUUGUACACAACAAAGACGAAAUAUAAUGAACAAAUGAUUUUUAUUUAUUUAUAAAUGAAUAGUUGGAAUAAAUGUUUUCAUAUAGUGAGUGGAAAGUAUGAAUAUUAAUUGUAUAUAGGAGUAGUCUGUAGUUAUAUACUUUCAUACAUAAUGUUGAUGAAACGAAAAUUUGUGUUGUCUGUAUCAAAGCUGUAGAAUUCAUUAAUGAAUUUUUUUUCAACAGAGUAGGACUGAUACUGCAUUAGCGUGAUUUUUUUUUUUGUCUUAUCUAAAUGUUUCUCCUGAUUAUGAAAGGUUUUGUAAUAAGUAAGUUGUGGACAGUAGGUCUACCUUGUAGCUGUAUUUAUUUAGGAGUUUAAAGGCAAGAAGGAUUAGGAAUUGUUGUCAUCUUAUUCUCCUAAACAAGUUUUUGGUCUAAAAAAAUUGAUACAUGUACCUAAGAAAAUAUAUUAUCUUUCAUUCAUUUGUUUUGGAUCAGUAUAGCUAACAGUACGAGUUUGGUAGCAAGUGAAGUUUCCUGUCGAGUUGCAAAUGUAUGUACCGGUACUAGUAUUUGUAAAUGUACUAGUACAUGUAUAUGUAAUUACAUGUACCUGCAGAAGUGUCAAGUAACAGUACAACCAGUCUGGUCAUUCUUAGUUGUCAUUUUAAAUAAGUGUUUAAGGUUGUUUACCUAGAUGUGAGGAUAUUGAGUACCAAGCUUGUUACAUAUAUAAAAUCAUAAAUAACAUUAUAUUACAAUAUUGAAGUACAUGUAGUUGCAGGUAAAUGAAUAAUGCAUGCUAAUCUAUACCUUAGAGAUUUUCAUGUGUAAACACAAAUUGAGUAUGGUACUGUCAGGGACAGGAAUUGAUUUAAAGACUAAUGGAAAGUAUAUAGUGACCUUGUGAUGUUAUAUAAAUGUUUAAAUUAAUAGAUGCAUAAUUUACAUGAAAAGUAUGAUUAUGAUGAAUGAAUGAAUUAAAUGAUUUGAUUGUU